UCUCAUUCCUAUCAAAAGUUAUUCAAAAAAUGCCCACGGGUCUUGUAUUUUGGGAUGGAUAGUACUCCAUGCGCGGUAUAACGGGUUAAUAUGAUGCACUCAGUUUUUCAAAACCGUUUAAAACCGCGGUUUAUACGGUUAAGAACCUUGGGAACUGCAGAUUAAGACGGUUUAUAACCAUUCAAAACGUCAGUUUAAAGGUUUCAAACCGUAAAAACCCGCGGUUAGACCGGUUAAAUCUCGGUUUAAACCGCUGAAACAGUUAAAACCGCCUGGUUUGACGGUUAUUUAUUCAUGCCUGAGGUUUAUUGCCUAAAAAACUAACGUGUUUAUUUGAUCGUUCGAAGUUAAGAAUUUUUUAAUCGCUACUGAAACAUUUCAUUUGUCUUACUGAUCUCUUUUAUACUUAUUUAGGACAAAUCUUGGAGCAAAUAUCAAUGUUUCUGAAUUAACAUGGGAACAAAAGGAACAAGUGUUAAGGGAACUAUUUAUAAGAAUGAAUACUAGUCAAAAAGCGAAAUUAGAAGAAAAUUUAAGUGAAUCAAAUUCAAAUGGAGAACAUAUUCCCAAUGAUGGAAGAACAGUAUUUAUAACACAAAGAGAUGAUGGUAAAACUCAAUCAGAUUCGACAAGUAAUUAUAGCAGUGUACCAAAAUUUCCACCGAUAUCCUCAGCACUCGUUCCAGAACAAUCGGUGUCUUGA